CUGGCGGGCCUCAGCGAUUCCUUCGAAAACGAGCAGCUUGAUUUUUCCAAUGAAGUCACCGGUGCUUCACGAAUGCUGUACCUCAACGCCAUGGCAGACAUCCAAGACUUGGAACAUGUUUUAGGACGAAACUCAAACUUCUACUCUAUCGACAAGAUACUAGCCUGCUCAGCGCUUGUCAAAAUCGUCGGCAACUUCAAGACCUCUACUUCGCUCACAGCACCUGGUUCCUCUAUAGGUCAAUGCUACGUGUCCAGAAGAAGUACAUUUUGCCAUGGCACCAAACAGCUGCAAAGACUGCACCGGAGGACGUCGUGCCAGGUCAUACAAUGACGAUAACAACGUACCCCGGAAUGCUUAUUUCGUGGGACAGCUACUACCUAACUUCAGCUGGCCUUGCAAUCACGGAGACACAACUAUUAAACGACAAUGAGGAUCUGUACAAGCUGGUGACUUCCACUGGCGUGACCAUGGGCUGGAUUAGGGCAGCUGUCGCCUCUCGCCUCUCCACGACCGGUGAACAGUGGGUGCGCACCAUGUCCAAGGAAAACAGUGGCACGGCGAAUAGUCAAAUCCUGGUUUUAGACUAUAAGCUUUUCCGUCCGGGAGCACCUCUUCCCAACGGGGCCUUAUGGAUGCAUGAACAAAUGCCAGGAACUGUACAGUACGCAGACCUCAGUGCAGCAUUAGAUGAGAAAAAAUAUUGGGCCGGCUACAAUGUGGCGUAUUUCAACGAGAUAUUUAAGAUCUCCGGCCAACCGGCCAACGUGAAAGAGUACGGCGACUACUACAGAUACGAGAACUGCCCUCGCGCCAAGUUGUUCAGGAGAGACCAGGCCAAACUAAAGGACUUGGAUUCUGUUAUGGCUUACAUGAGGUACAACGAUUACAAGAAUGAUCCUUUGUCACGUUGCAACUGCACGCCACCGUACAAUCCUGUGUACGCCAUCUCAGCGCGCCAUGACCUACUUUGCCCUCAGGGGAAGUACGACACACCAGGAAUGAAUCGACGGGGUGUUGGCGGCAUUGACACCAAGGUGACAAAUCGUGAUCUUUUCGCGUCAUCGGAGUUCGUCGCCGUGAGUGGACCAACAUGGGACAUGCAACCUCCAUUUCAGUGGAGCACCAGCGGGCUGCUGGACAUCCACGUCGGCCAUCCUGACAAGUGGCAGUUCAAACCGGUUCAUCAUAAGUGGAAAUGAGCGACGGCCGGCCAUUCGAGCACAGCACAAACCCUGAGGAUAGGCAUAACAGAGCCUGCCGAAUAGGCUAAACUGAGCAACUGUAACAGUCUAUUCCUCCAAUAAGCGUGUAUGUUUCGUGGAUAGCACAGGAAUAUAAACUUUGUUCACUUGCAGAACCUGCGUCGGGAACAAGGCUGCCAAAUGACCCUGAGUUUGCGGAACUACCUCUGGUCUAAGUAAAGUAUAUGCAGGGUCGAAUUCAGCUCUUUCACGCGUAUAUUUCUCCCGGGCGGAGUUCGGAGUAGACUCAGAUCUGCCACGGGACUGUUAUAUUGCCAGAAAGCUCGAGGAAGAUAAUACGAAAUUGUAUGUAUAAAGAGAUCCAAGAUAAGACUGAAUAAUGUUUCACUUGAAUAAUAUGCCUUAGAAGUUCCUUCGACCUUGGUUGAAUGAUAAUAUAGACUGAGGUAAUUUACUAUUUGCCAUGUUCUUAAUGCUUUCAUUUCGUGUACGAAAGUGUGCACGGUGGUAAAUUUGCUAUCAUCUGUACUGUUGGUUCUUGUUCGUUUGUUUUUACGCCGCACAAGCAUUUGCUGCGUAUUUGGUUGAUUUUAUUUCUCUUCUUUUUCUCCUAUGAUUUAUUCGCUCUUGUUUCAUGUGCUUAA